GUAAUAUUUAAGGAGAGAAAUAUCACUGAAGUCAUUGUGUUUUUCCAAAGCAAACCUACAACCAUGAUGAAUGUUCUAUACGUCUGUUUGGCCAUCACUCUUUUCCAGGGUAUCCAAGGAUUCGGAGGUAUAGGUUACCAAUUCGAGGAUGGAGAGUUGGAGGUCAGUCCUCACGACUUUGAGCUCAUGGCAGCCGAGACCCAGUUGCUCCGCGGUAACGAACACUGUGACAACGUGUCAGCCACUCUGCAAGAAAUGUACAAACUUGGAGUUGAGAUGACUAUGUGGGUCGACAGAUCGGUCGGCGUUCUGGUCCACGAUAUGAACGACUUCUUCAAAUGCUCUGGACCCGGAGUCGUCUCAUGCGUCCUCGACGCUUUCAAGAAGAUGAAAGAAGAUCUCUUGAAUCUGAAACCAGCCUUUGACGAAUACAAACAAGAUUUCACUGUCCUGUUCCAACAAUUGAGAAAAGAGCUUCCACUCUGCCUUCAAUAAAUUAUACAAAUCUAUGUUACAUUGUGUUAAAACGUCGUGCUCAAAAAUAAACAAAAGAACAUUUACGAGAUAUA